UUCUCUGCUUCCCUCUUUCGCUCUCCUUCGACCCUCCCACCCGAUUUCGAUUUCGAUUUCGAUUCCCGAUUGCCUGCCCUCCACCCAUUGACUGGCACUGCCAAACCGCAAUUGAGCAUCUCGAAUUCUUCGUCAGGAUAUCCGUACAGACCAAGAAAAAAACAUCAAGCAACCACAGAGUCCCCCGACACACACAACUUGACAUCCCCGCCCCUCUUUCUCGUCCCUCCCUCGACGCUCGACCUGCAGUCUGGCCCUGAGAGCAGUGGCCCACCCCCAGCAAGUCCCGUCAAUUCGCUGCGUCGCAUCCGUGAGAGGAAAAAUAAGGCGCCGCAAAACCAGACCAGCGUCAUACGACUUCGACCCUCUCGCUUGUUUUCCCUCUGGGUCUCUCCGUUCUGCCUCCCGGCUGACACCACUCCUCCAUCCCCAUCUGUCCAUCGCCUUCUGCCGACAGUCGUACGACCAGACAUUCUUCCCGCUCAGCACCACGCCGCUGAUUGCCGUCAAUUGCUCUCGCAUUCCCGAUACCUCACUCCCUCACCCAAAAGACACGACCAAUCUCUGGCCCCUGCGGCCUCGUCCACCGCUCCCGUCGCUGCUCGCCGGCCACUCACAUCGAGUCCCGCUCUAGAUUCCGGGACCUGGCCCCCAUUCCCAGCGCCGAGCGCACCCAAAGAAUCCCAGGCCCGUCCCGACUUCGAUGAAUUGAGCAUCAGCCCAUAA